GCCAGCAGAACUUUGAAAACAAGCCUGGAACUUUUUCACGUUUUCCUCUUUAAAAUUAUUUUUUAAAUAAUUUUUUCUGGAUCUGCGUCUGGAGGUGAGUUGCUGUUGUCCGGCAGGAGGAGGAGGAGGCGCGGCGGCGGGCUCCGCAGCGGAACUUUAGACCCAGGGCUCAGCAGUGCUUGUCCAUGGAGUUUGGGUUGCUGCUGGAGAGCAGAGAGCGUCUGGUCUCCCUGCUGCUGGAAUGGGAGUCGGUCCAGCAGGGAGACCCGGACCAGCUGUUGUCUGUCCUCACCAGGACAUGUGAGUUGAUGGAAGUGAUGGUCAGACAGUAUCAGGAAGGCAACCCUGACCUGUUCAAUGAGCCUCAACCAGAACGAGCGAGUCCGACCUGUGAGCUGGUCGACAACCUCAAACUUGUGUUUCUUAAUGAGGUCUUCAUUAACGCGUUGUGGAACUCGUACAUAGUGAGCAGCAGAGAUGCGAGAAUCAACGCAGCGGCUUGUCGGAUGCUUCUGAACCUCAUGCCUGGUCUGGAGAGCUCCUUCAACUUCCACGAAAAGGAGUUUCUCAUUGAGAAGCUGUACAGUUUGGCUCAAGAGGCCGAGCGGCCGCUCUCCGUGUACGCCACCGGUCUGCUGGGAAUGGCCAUGGUUGACCCUGAGGUGGCGACCAGCCACAAGGAAGAAAACGCUCGACUGGUUCCCGUGAUGAUCCGCCGUCUGCACGAGCUGCAGAGCCAACAAUCCAGCCAGGAGCACCCAGACCCCCACCCAGACCCCCACCCAGACCCCCACCCAGACCCCAGUACAGAUCCUCAUACCUCCAACACCAAGCCCAUGCCCAGGGGGAAAGUGAGGGGAAAAUUGAAGCGGAAGAACCCGAGUUCCAGCUCCAGCACUGAGGUCGGCGGCACCAGUUCCGGUGCCGGGGGAGGAGGAGGAAGCAGCUCCACCAUGACGGGCCACGGGAAGAAGUCCAGGAAGCUCCACCAGGACAGCUCCUCCAGUCGGACCACACAGGGGAGUCCGGCCCCCAGCAGGCCGCCCGCCACCGGCCUGUCGCUGCUCGAGAUGAGCUCGGUGCUGACCGCAUCAGACCACUUCCUGUCCCCGCUGAGCCCGACCACCGAGCAGAGGCUCAUCCUGCAGUACCUGGCACCUCUGGGAGAGCAUCAGGAGCUGCUGGUCGUCUUCAUGCAACUGGACACCAGAUCGCUGCUCAUUGAGUACCUGGACCUGUCCCGGACCAGGAGUGUCCAGCUCACCUUCCAUGCUCUGCGGCUUCUGGCCUCUUUGCUGCUCCAUAAGAAGUUCGCUGCAGAUUUCAUCGCUCACGGCGGAGUCGAGCGGCUCCUGCAGAUCCCAAGAGCCCCCUCACUGGCUGCCACCGGGGUCUCACAGUGUCUCCACUACCUGGCCUACAACCAGGACGCCAUGGAGAGGGUGUGUGCCCUCCCAGGCAGCGUCCUCUCAGACAUGGUGUCCUUCGCUCUGUGGCUGCUGGACUCGUCUCACUCGUCGGCCGUCUGCCACGCCACCAUGUUCUUCUCCAUCUCCUUCUCCUUCCGGGUGGUGCUGCAGCUGUUCGACCGGCAGGGCGGCAGGCACAGGUUCAUCAACCUGAUCAGCUCGCUGGACUUGCUGAGAUCGGACUACGAUGAGAGCAUGAUUAGCGAUGACAAGGUGUUCUUCAGCAGACAGAUGGCCAGACACACCUGCAUGGCUCUGCGCAGGUACCUGGAGGCUCACCUGGCUGUGAAGACGGAGCAGGUCAAACAGUCGCUGCACGAGUCCGACAGCGAGGCCGGCGUCAGCCAGACGCACUUCACCAAGCCCUGCUCGUACACCAGGGAGCAGAUCAUUGAGAUGAUGGAGUUCCUCAUGCUGAGUCCUGCUCCGCUGUCCUGGGAGCCGGUGGAGCUCCUCGCCCAGCUGUCCUGCGUUCCUCUGAUGCUGCGGCUCAUCUCCUCCGCCUCCAGCUGGACCAACUACUCCGGCAGGAGCGACACGGUGCGAUACGUCCUGGACAUCCUGUCCAUCCUGAUGCUGGUUACCCGGAUCCAGCCGGUUCUGGGGGAACCGGUGGAGCCGGACGAGAGCCGGCGGGCCAUCGGCUCCGUGGGUAUGAGCAUCGUUCUGGAGCUGGCGGAGGGGGAGGUCAUCGCCAACGACGGGGAAAUACAGAAGUCUGCGCUCCAGGUGAUAAUAAACUGUGUGUGCGCUCACGACCACGACCUGUACCCGGUGGGCAGCGUCAGGCCGCCCCUGCUCCCCCAGCGGCCCCCCGGCCCCCACAGCCCGGUGCUGGCCCACAUGUGGCUCGUGCUGCAGAAGAAUAACGGCAUUAAGGUGCUGCUCUCCCUGCUGUCGGUGAAGACUCCCAUCACCGACGCAGAUCUGAUCCGGACGCUGGCCUGUAAAGCUCUGGUGGGUCUGUCCCGCAGCGCCGCCAUCCGGCAGAUCAUCAGCAAGCUGCCGCUCUUCACCCGCAACCACAUCCAGCAGCUGAUGAAGGAGCCGGUGCUGCAGGACAAACGGCGCCAGCACGCCCAGUUCUGCCAGCUGGCGGUGGAGCUGACGGAGCGCGUGUCGGGGAGGCGGCUGCUGGCGGGCAGCGACACGUCGCUGGCUCUGCUGCAGAAGGCCAACGUGGUGGCCCGCUCGCUCAUCACCUUCCCCGAGAGGGAGCUGCUGCUGCUCAUCAAGAGCCACCUGGCCGCCAAGGGCCUCCACCGGGCCGCCGCCGAGCUGAGCCGCGAGGCCAACCUGCCCCCCGCCCCGCUCUGCCUCUCCCCCCUGGCCACCCCGACCGCCGCCGCCGCCGCGCCCCGCGGCUGCCGGUCGGUGGGCGGGGCCGCGGCUCGCCUCUCCGGCCACGCCGGGGCGUUGCCGCUGGCCUCCUGCUCCUCCUCCCGCUCCCUCACCGCACCUCCGCUCCCCUCCACCUCUUCCACCCCCCCUCCUCCCCCUCCUCCUCUCACUCCUCAGGGAUCACAUCUGGCCGGACGGAUUCUGUUCCCUCAGGAACAGAAGACGCCGCCGAGCAGCUCAGGGAAGAAACUGUGUGCUCUGAAGCAGAAAUCCGACCACGGAGCGUUUAUCCAGACUCCUGCCUUGAAGAAGCAGCCGGAGCUCCACCGCCCCCCUCCCCCCACCCUGGACAGCAUCGUCACCGAGUUCCUGAGAGAGCAGCACUCCCGCUGCCACAACCCGGUCACCACCUGCCCCCCGUUCUCCCUCUUCUCCCCCCACCGCUGCCCCGAGCCCCGGCAGCGGCGGCAGGCCUCGCCCAACUUCACCGUGCGCCUGGGCAGCCGCUCGCUCUUCCCCAGGCCGGGAAACCGGGGCGGGCUGGACCGCCAUCUGAUCUUCAGCCGGUUCCGCCCGGUGGAGACCUACCAGGACGUGGACGGGGACGAGAGCGGCUUCACCUGCUGCUCCUUCUCGGCCUGCGAGCGAUUCCUCAUGCUGGGAACGCUGACCGGACACCUCCGCUUCUACAACAUGUUCUCCGGGGAGCAGGAGGCCAGCCACCAGUGCCACACCUCCGCCAUCACCAACCUGCAGACCUCCAGGGACGGGAAGCUGCUGCUGACCUCGGCCUCGUGGGGCGUCCCCCUGUCGGCUCUCUGGACCACAGACGAGUCGCUCAGCAUGAAGAACUCGUUUGCAGACGACCACUACGUGGAGUUCAGUAAACUCUCUCAGGACAGAGUCAUCGGCACCAAAGAUCAGAUCGCACACAUCUACGACAUCCACACCGGUCAGAAGACCCUGACGCUGAACGAUCAGUCUCUGGGGAACAACUACAAGAGGAACCGCGCCACCUUCGGCCCGUCGGACGACCUGGUGCUGAACGACGGCGUGCUGUGGGACCUGCGCACCGCCCAGGCCGUCCACAAGUUCGACAAGUUCAACACCAACAUCAGCGGCGUCUUCCACCCCAACAGCCUGGAGGUCAUCAUCAACACGGAGAUCUGGGACGUGAGGACUUUCCACCUGCUGCACACCGUCCCGGCUCUGGACCAGUGCAGGCUGGUGUUCAACAGCAGCGGCAGCAUCAUUUACGGAGCGAUGCUCCAAGCUGACGAUGAAAGCGAUGUGAUGGAGCGCCGGGUGAAGAGUCCCUUCGGCUCGUCCUUCAGGACCUUCGACGCUACAGACUACAAACCCAUCGUCACGUUUGACGUGAAGCGAGACAUUUUUGACUUGUGCACGGAUUCGAAGGACGACUGUCUGGCGGUCAUCGAGGACCAGGACUCGCUGAGUCUGGACACGGUGUGCCGUCUGUACCACGUGGGACGGCAGAAGCUGGCGGAGGAGGGGCACGAGGAGGACGAGGACGACGAGGACGAUCGAGACGACGACACGUCCUCGGACUCCGACGACGACCUGGACGACGACCUGCUGAUCGAGGAGCUGGACCUGAACAAUGAGGACGGAGGGAUCUCCCCCGCUCCGGACGAGGAGUCAAUCCCGGAUCCGGACCUGGACCCGGACCAGGACUCGGAUCUGAACCUGGACCAGGACUGGGACUUUGACCUGGAUCAGGACACAAGCAGCAGCAGCUCCAGCUGAGGCAGCCAGGCCGGCUCUCGGGUGCGAGCCCAGAGAAUCCAGCACAGCCGGGCUCUUUCAGGGGGGUCGGUCCAGUCUGAGCCGGUUCACGCAGGUCAGAGGGGACGGCUCAAAAUGUUCACACACCGUUUAGUGUGUGUGUGUGUGUGUGUGUGUGUGUGUGUGUGUGUGUGUGUGUGUGUGUGUGUGUGUGUGUGUGUGUGUGUGUGUGUGUGUGUGUGUGUGUGUGUGUGUGUGUGUGUGUGUGUGUGUGUGUGUGUGUGUGUUCCACUGCAGAUGUGCAGAUGCUCCUCGAUGUUCGAACCUCGGCAAACGUUGAACUUUAGCUUUUUUAAAGACUCAUCGCUUGCAGUUUAAUUGUAAAGUUUGUCCUCAACAAACCAAAAUGAAUGUUUAUAUUGUUUAUAUUGAGAGGAGAGAAGCUCUCCAGUGGACCGCCGCUGUGCCACCAGUCCACUGUGGGCCUUUGAAUAAAACAAGUUUCAUG